AAUAAAGACAAGAACAGGAAGUGGGAAGCUGCACGGUUUGUUUACAUGAGUUUACUGACAACGAGUGUGAUCCUGUGUAAAAUUACGAGUAAUGGUCUGAAUAUCUUAGCUUACUGCAUUUAAAUGGACAGUAGUGGAAGUGUAGGAGGCGGAAGAAAAGCAGGCAGAGGAGGCAGAGGAAGGAGAGGAAAUCGUGGGGGAGAGGGCAGAGAUGUUCGCCUGUCUAAAUCCUUGUCCUAUGCUCUUCGCCAUGGAGCCAACAAGAUGGAUCUUCAAAUAAGUUCAGAUGGCUUCAUGUUUGUGGAGGAUCUCCUGGCUCACACGCAGUUCAGCUCAUACUCACUGGAAGACGUUGAAAGAGUUGUGGCCACAAAUGACAAGCAGCGCUUUAAACUUCAUCGGCUGGAGGACGGCCGGCUCCAAAUUCGAGCCAGUCAGGGGCAUUCAGUACAAGUAAUGGAUUUGGAGCUGAAACCGGUCCUGGCUGGUUCUCCAGACUGCCCCGCUGAGGCAGUUCAUGGCACCUACCUCCGCAAGUGGAGCUCCAUCCAGCAGCAGGGCCUGAGCCGCAUGAGGAGGACACACAUCCACCUGGCCCCCGGCCUGCCUGAGGAGGAAGGGGUCAUCAGCGGAAUGAGGGAAGACUGUGAUCUUGCUGUGUAUAUUGACGUUCCCAAAGCUCUUGCUGACGGUAUUGAGUUUUUCUGGUCAGAUAACGGUGUGCUGCUGACUGCAGGGGACGAUGAGGGAAAACUAAUACCUAAGUACUUCAUCCGUGCCUUAAGACUGAGACCUACAAGGAGUAUCAUACCACUGCAGUAGCAUCAUAGGAUACUGCUCUGUCAUUGGCCACAGCAAGACUCACAAGGUUCAAGGUUCAAGGUUCUUUAUUGUCAAUCUGACAUAGCUACAGAGUAAUUAUGCAGUUGAAAAUCUUAUGUCACAGGCUUCUCCAACAAUGCAACAUAAUAACAUAACAUAA